UAAUAAUAAAGGACCCCGCUGGAUUCAUUCGCGGGUACGAUAUCUGUCUUGUGUGUGAAGUUAUAGAGUAUACCACUUUAUUUCGAGAAGACCUGAAUUCCAAUACCUCACCAAUGUCGAAUCGCAAAGCAUCAACGAGGCUGGCAUAUUUUUCAACGAGCGAUGCUCCCUCGCCCAUCGACUUCUUUUCGGAGGCUCAAACAUCAUCUUACCACCUCAUUUGAAUGUGUAUGGAUUUCUGAAGAGGAUCCCCACAAUGCUUUUCAACGCUUCUGCGGCGCUUCAAAUACAAUACGUCGACAUGGGAGUUCAGUGCCAGGACCAAUGGAAAGUAGGAGGAGAUUGGGGAGAAGACGGAUGGCACAUGUCACGGAAAUGACACAAGCUCCAAUGUACGAUCUGGGAGCUUUGUGGUGCUCAUCAUGGGGGCCAGAAAAGAUUGAAUCGCAGUGGAAGGCUCCAACACCUCGGAUUAGUGAACAACCAAAGCAGUCGCCAAUUUUACCAUCCUGGUUAACCAAUUGGACUCCUGUGCCCGAGCAACUAACAGACAUUUCUACGGAGGUCGCAGAGGUAGAAGAAUCAACUGAGGACCUCUAUGACAUGUUAAAACAGGAAAGACAGAUCAAAGAUCAUUUUUAUGAUUUUGAAGUGGCAAUAGAAGCUCAUCGUCGGGAAUGUACUGAGAUGAAAAGGGACCGGAAAGCCAAAAAGAAUAAAGGCCGACAUCGACGAUUAGUUGAAUCUACCAAGGCUCUGAAGCUUUGCUUAUCCUUUGGUGAAAAACUCCAACAAAGUCUUACCCUUGGGCUAGUUACUAGUGAUCUACUAUCUAAGUCACUUCGAGCUGUCACAAACGUUUUCAUGGAAAUUGGUAGCGGUUCUUUCUCUGACACUAAAAACUCUACCAAGGAGGGUCUUAACACGGAGGAUUGUUUUCGCGGGGUUAGUUCUGGCGUGACUGAGCAAAUAAUUGCUUUUCACAAGUUCGUCUGGGACGGCAUUGUAUCUUGUAAGGUUCUCGAGCCCGCCGAUUUUGAUUCCGGAGUUGUGGGAGAGUAUCUACUUUUGCUGGCAGCGCUGCCAAGCACCAAGGAAACACAACUUUUGAUUUCUGAAGUCCUCCCUUCGCUGUCUGCAGUUCAAGUCGAGAGUAACGUAGUCAAAAUUUUGCCCUUACUAAAUAAGUGGUCAUUAAGUUGGCUCAAAAAAUCAAAAAAUCCUCCAGAUGCAAGGUUCUUGGCCAAGGCAGAGGCAUCUUUGAUAGCCUCGCAACGGGCCAUUAAUCAUAUUCGUAUGCUAAUGUGGUCCAAUCGAGGUAAAGAAACGCCUGAAUUGAUCCAACGCAUUCUGGAUAUCUUCCUUCGGUCUUGUAGGGACUUUUCCGUUGCCGACAACGAAUUAUGGUGUGCGGAAAGUAUAUUUAUGCCCCACAGUCACUCCAUAGAUGCAAUGAGUACUGCCCUAGCUGCUCUAUCUAAAGAGGUGACUUCUACUCUAAUCAGAUCUCAUUCAGAAUUAAUCUGCUCUGCAACUUUCUGGGACCAAAGAUGUGUUACGGGGCUCAAAGACUAUCUUGCCCAAUCCCACAGGAUACGGUUCAAUUGGCUUACCGUAUUGUCCAAGUUGGGGAACGUUGAUGAUUCAAUGUUUGCUGAAGUAUUCAUAUCGUUGCAGCAGAAGGGCCUUAACCGGUUCGGUUUAGACACUAAGAAAUAUACAUUGACUUGGCGCCAAGUCUCUGAACUUGUUCUAAACCGUUGGUCUAGCCAAGGCAUUUUGACAAAUGGCGGCGUGAUCAUCGACACUUUUCAAAUGAAGACCCUUCAUUCCCCUUUUUCUUUUGGAUGGCUUUUGUGGAGUUUGGAAAAGUAUGGCCAGUUGAGUGAUGGGAUGAUACAGAGUCUAUUAGACUUUCUCCUGGAUGUUGAGGCGUUCGGACACAUACACGCAGUACUAAAGCAAUCGAAAAUGUUCAACAUCCGGGUCAAUACCGAUGUCCUCGCAGGCCUUGUUAACAGCACGGCUUCCGUAGAUCUACAAGCGGCCUACAAUAUAUACAUGCAGCAUUGUGUAGGCCGAGUCGAACCUGAGGCUUGUGCCUCCUUAUUCGCUGCAAUGGUAUAUCACGGAAGCGAAGGAAUUUGGACCGCGUUAGACGCACCCAUCUACGCCGCAAUGCCUAAGUGGAAAAGAAAAUCACCAUCGCACAAGAUUCUCUCGCAGGCUCGAAUUGAACUGGUGCACGAAUUGGCUAAAGCAUUCGCACAUCACAAGGUUGAAAAUCCAAGACAGGCUCUUCGUAAUGUUACACAAUGUUGGCAUUACCUUCGUGCGCAUAAGGUUGAACCGACGUCUGAAAUAUCAAGGGCGGUUACACGGGUGGGGAUUAUUACGGAUGUCAGAGAUGGCAAAUGGGGGAGAACGGAGAGAGUGAGAUGGGUUCUGGAGGUAAUUGAGAAGGCGGAGGGACCGGAGGUCGCGGAUGCGGUACGGAGGGCAGUGGCUAAAUGGAGGGAAAAACUAAGAAUCAGACUUGAGAAGAAGAAAGAAGGGUAUAUUGCGUAAUAUACAAAGCUUGAUUGCUGUGAAUAGUUCAAUCUUUUUGGGACAAACUCAAUCGAGUGGUGAAUUUAUGGAAUAGAAAUUUUAGCGAAAUCAUCGCACCUUCUGUCGAAUUCAUUCAAUUCAAUUUACUUCCCCUUCCCCUUCCAAUUUAAAAAAAGAGGGGAAAUAGGAAGUUAACAAACAAAUAAGCAAAACACCAUGUUUUACAUGCCAAAAUUACUAGCAGAACCUUUCGAAAUGGGUCAAUUUUGUCCGUCUUUUGUAUGCUUAUCAAACACCCCACCCACCGAAGUGGUUACAGCGCAGUCGUCGACCGACUUGGCCAAGGCGACUCAAUGAGAUGUUCGAUAAGGAAGAGGAAUUACUUGGUUCUGUCAUACAUGGAGCUAUGUGUUAUGAUGUUCAUUUUGAGUUAGAAGCUUGGCGGUUGGGUGGGAUAACCAGAUAGAUGCUUGAAAUCUGAGACACGGUGGGAAAACGAAGCUCGGGUGUUUGAAUCGUGUG